AUUGAUAGAAGGGGUUUUGGAGGAGGCAGUGUUUAUACGAAGAGAAAAGAUUAGGGUACUGAAGAAUAAAAUAAGUAAAAAUGGCGUCUUCUUCUCCGCGUUCAAAUGAUCUGAAAGAGGUUUUGAAACCCCUGUACAAGAGAGCUUCUGAGGCCGAGGAUCGCUUGGCAAGACUUGAAGCUGCUAUUGCUAGUAAACAAGAUUCUGGAUAUCAGGAUUUGUUAAAAAAGUUUAAUGAACUACAGUUGAAGUUAGAAGAUGCCAGAACUUCGCAAGAUUCUGAAAAAGAAAAGGCUUUAAAGGAGGUGCAGCAACUUGCUUCAGAAAAUGCUAGACUCCAAUAUCGCAUACUACAUCUUCUCCGGGCAUUGGAGGAAGCAGAGUCCAAGACGACAUCCAACUGAGGUUGUGAUUAUGCUUUUCAUUUUGUUUCGAGGCAUAGAGCAACUAAAGGUUUGAAGCAACUAUGUGAUGUUGAUACAGAGGCACUUGAAAAGACUAAAAUUUGCCAGUUGUUAUUUUCUAAUGGCUCUUUUCUUAUGAAUCACUUGGAGCCUUCAGUAAAUAGAAAUUUAUUAGAUCGCAUAGAGCAGUCAAUACAAUGAUUUGAGCUGAAAGUUGCUGAGUAGCAAAAUAUUAUAACAGUGCAUUUAUAUAAGAUACUGUAUAUUGAUUCUGAUUAUUUGAGCUCAAUACUUGAAGAAUUCAAGAUUUAGAAUUUUA